AUGGGCACAAAAAAUGGCAAGUACGAUGUCUAUCGAUCAGUAAGCCCAAAAGAUGGUGAUAUUUUGCCAGUGACAAUAUCCGAUUCAUCUCAAAAAUCGAGUACAAUUAUUUUUAUUCAACAAGCAAAAAUCGAGCAAUUACCAAAUGCUGAAAGAUUGUUAAUUGUUUGGCUUGAUAGUCUCGUUGAAAAACAAAAAAGUCACCUUGACAUGCAAGUGAAACUAAGAAAUAUUUUUGGGUAUUUAAAAACAUUCGAUCAGAUUGAGUCUUGUGAAAAGUAUGUGAGACAAGUAAAUGGACAAUAUGAAAAAAUUCUAUUUAUUGUUCAAGGAAAUUUAAGUAAUACGUCUAUACCACGUUUACACGACUUACCGCACAUCAAAUAUAUUUAUAUCUAUGGAAAAGGUAAAGGAACGCCAAAUCAACAAUGGGCCAGCAGAUACCCAAAGGUACGCGGAAUAUUCACAAGUUCAAAACAAUUAAUUGAGCAAAUAAACGGAGAUCAAGCAGAUACCUAA